UUACACCCUGUUCACAGUCUCAUUUCACUUUCUCUCUCUAAAUAUUCAAUCAUUUUCCAUUCUCUCUCUCUAUACACACUUUUCGAUUCUCCUUCUCUUUCGUUGUCACUUGUCAUAUCAAAGAUCCGUCGAAGACAAACGACAAUGUAUCGUUGGAGUCAUAAAUCAGUCAAAGAAGAGAAACCGAGAAAAAACACACCAAACCCAUCUUUUUCGUCAAGCCUUCUUGAUGAAAUCUACCGUUCCAUGGACGGCGACGACGUCAAAUCCGGCCGAGAAGAGAAAACUUCAAAGAAACAAAGCAUCAGCAGCGGCGGCGGCGGUGGCGGUGGCGGCAGACCAAAAGCGAGCAGUGCAGUGGAGGACGAAGCAGUGGCGAGUCUCCGGCGAGCUUUUUUGGUAGAGAAAUGGAUGAAUAUGAAACAAAACGAAAAAAACAUAAACACUCGAACGAGGCCUUCAUCAAUACCCGACGUCUACCGGAAACCAGUCAUUGAUAACGACCCUAUUUUCUUCAGUUCGGGGACGAGCUCUUCUGAUUCGAGCUAUGGAAUAUGGUUCUCUGAACCAGAAAGUUUCCGUGGCUCCAGGUUUCAUAAACCUUCUUGUUUUGGACCUUUCAGUAGGCCAGAAUCCGUAAAAACUAACGGGUUUUCGAAAAAGCAUCAGCAGAUGGAGUUCUACUACUGUUCGGAUGAUCAUCAAACAAAUGGAAUCGAUCGUGGGGCUUUAAUCAAAUCAAAAGCUCGAGCAUUGAAGAUUUACGCGAACCUGAAGAAGAUAAAGCAACCAAUCUCACCUGGAGGUCGACUCACGACGUUCCUCACAUCUCUUUUCGCAAAUGGCCAAGUCAAGAACCCGAAAGAUUUGAAUCCACCAUGUUUCGAUCAUAAAAAGAGUGAAAGAACAUCAAAAUCGACACAUGGGUCUACAUGUUCAUCAGCUUCUUCAUUUACAAGGUCAUGUUUGAGCAAAAAUUCUCCAAGAUCAAGGGAGAAGAAGCUCAACAAUGGAAUCCGAAGAACUGUUAGAUUUUACCCGGUGAGUGUAAUCAUCGACGAAGAUUCACGUCCCUGUGGCCAAAAGUUCAUUUAUGAUACACAAGAUUUAACGAAGGAUGAAGAUUACAACUCUUAUGAUGAUGAUGAUGAUGAUACCAAAAGUGAUUCAAGUUCAGAUUUGUUCGAACUUGAUCACUUGUUAGCUUUGAAGGAGUGUGAAGAGCUUCCUGUAUAUGAAACGACACAUUUUGGCAAGAAUCGUGCAAUUGCUAAUGGGUUAAUUUGCUAAUUUUGUUCGACAAAUUUUAUGAAAUUGAAUUAUACAUUUGUUUUUGA